AUCGCUGGUCACGUGUCACGUUGCGCUUGCUUCGGAGAACUGUAUAUGAAAUCCAAAGACGGUUUAGCUGCCAGAGCUAGCAAUUAAGAUGUUUUUACUCGGUAGAAACUUUAUUUUUUCGUGGGAUUUCGGUGUCGCGAGGGACAAACCAUGAGACCCGGGUUUGUUCGGAGACUAGAAGAGGAGGAUAUUCGGUCCAAACCGAUAUUUUUUCUGAGUUCGGCGGGCGGCAAAGGAGCAAUCGGGGUUAGCUAACAAGCGUUAGCCGUACUGGCUUCCAGAGGACUCUUAUAUAAAAACAACCGGGGAUCAGCGCCAAACCCACGGAGCUCGUUGGUCUGUAGCGAAAAUGUUAUCGAGAUUAUUAUUAUAAUUUUAUUAUUUUUCGAUUUUCUCAUCUUCCUGUCUUUUGAGAUUAGUUUGUACCGUAACUAUAAUAAUGUUACGAUUUACCAAAUGGCAAAAGAGCUUCCUACUCGAUGAACCAGGAGGACAUAACUAAUUGAUUCAACAAAAUCAUCAGUAUAACUUUCUCUGUGGAUUGAAUAUCAUUGCUCUGGAGAAAAUGGAGACAGUUUUACGAUGCAUAAGUGACUUCAAGCCUCUAAAUACAUGAAACCCGUAGCUCUGCUUUUAUUUUAUGAUACAUCGUCGGUUAGCUUGUUUACUUCGCUAGCUUUUCUUUUGGGCUGUCACGUAACAGCAAAUGUUAUAAAAGGUUCUGCCAGGAUCGUGCAGAUCGGAAAUGACCCUAACCUACUUCCACUGUCCAGGACAUAUUGGCAGCUCUAGCCUGACAUUUAUUAACAAACAUGGCAAUAAGAAGACCAUAAUUUCUGAUUGUGGAGAACUUUGUCUGAUUUUUUUCAGACUAUCCGUGACUGCAAAUAUAUCUAAUUUUUGAUCGUUUGGUUGCGCCGUUUUAAGAAGAUGGAGACAGGAGUUGAAUCCCACCACAGCGAGCAGUUCCUCCACCCGCUGUCCCACCCCGGGGCUGCGGGGAUCUGCCCCGAAAUGCUGGAGGUGGCAGAGGAGGCUAACCGUGCGGGGGACUACGACCUAGCCGUGGAGAUCUACAGCUCCCAACUCUCGGAUCUCCAGCAACCAGAUCGGGGCUUGUGCCUGAGGAAGGCCGACUCUCUAGCACGCGCUGGGCGGAUAUCCGAGGCGCUGGACUCCUACUGCAUAGCGGCCAAUCAGAGCAAACUGCACCCCGAGGAGCUUCAACUUCUGGUGGAAACAAUAACACGGACUCUGCGGGACAAAGAGCUGGGUCUCCCCGUGACAUUAAACGGUAAAACCGGCUCAGGAGGCGAUGGGGUUCCGGAUGACGGAGACUGCGAGGAUGAUGAACCCCUGGAUCUGUUUUCGUGUCGCAUCUGCAAGUGUUUGCUCCACGAGCCCACAACAGUGGAGUGUGGGCACACUUUCUGCAAACGCUGCUUGGAGGAGGACUCCGUCAGGGACUGUAAACAGUGCAAGCACGCGCUGAGCAAAAGCGACGGGCGCAGAAUCAACGUGGUCCUCAGCGGCCUGGUGGACAAACUUUUUGCAACGGAAAGCAAAGCCAGGAGGUUCUGGAUUGAGGGGGAGAUUUUGUGGAAAAAGCAGAACCAAGCGGAGGCCUUGGAGAAGUACAAUGCAGCAGUGGAUCAAGUGCCCUCUUUAGGCCGGCUUAUGUGUGAACGAGCCGAACUGCACAUGGAGAUGAGGAACUUUGCUCAGGCAGCGCAGGAUGCCAACACGCUCUGCAGGUUGAAACCUCUGUGGACAAAGGCUCACUCCCUGAAGGCCGCGGCCCUGAGUAAAGCCGGACGAAAUGACGAGGCUUUGCAGGAGUACCUGCUGUGUGUGGCGCUGAAGCCCGGCUGGACCAAAAUGAAACUGGAGGCUCAAAAGGUCCUCAGUGAGGUCUUCUCCUCCGUGUUUGAGAACGAGGAGUUGACAACCCCAUUGCACCCUCUUCAGGGAGGCCUGGCCUCCAGGCUCAUCAAACCCCCUGCAUUGCUCAGGUCCCUGAGGCCGCUGACGCAGAAAGCUGGCUCCUCCUCACAGGAACCAGAGUUCAGCGUGUUCAAAAGUGUUCCAGUGGAUGACUUGUCCUCCAGAGCUUCUCCUCUGUCUCCUGGUAAAUCGGAUCCGGGUGCAGGAGAAGGCAGCUCCAAGAGUCUGGCUAACGUUUUAGCUGCCUUACCGGCUCCCCCUGGUGGCCUUAAGAGGAAACACAGCACUGAAGACCCUUUAGCAAACUUCAACCCUCCCUCCAAACUUCCUAGACCUGAUGAAUCAUGCACUAUUCAGUCAGCUGCAGUAGCUGGAGGAAGGGUUGUUGCCACAGAGCUGUUGGACAGUGGAGAUAUGGAGUGCUCCCUUUGUAUGAGAUUGUUCUAUGAACCCGUGACCACCCCCUGUGGACACACCUUCUGCCUCAAAUGUUUGGAGCGCUGCCUGGACCACAACUCUAACUGCCCUCUGUGCAAAGAAAAUCUAGCUGAGUAUCUUGCAGCUAGAGGUUAUAAUAAGACCUUUCUGAUGGAGGAAGUCCUGCAGCGUUACCUUGGAGACGAAUUGGUGGAGAGGAGAAAAAUCCAUGAAGAGGAAAUGAAGGAGCUGUCCAAUUUGAAUCAGGAAGUGCCCAUCUUUGUGUGCACAAUGGCAUUCCCGACCAUCCCAUGUCCACUGCACGUAUUUGAACCGCGCUACCGCCUUAUGAUCCGCCGCUCCAUGGAGACGGGAACCAAACAGUUCGGGAUGUGCAUAGCCGAUGAGCUGAAAGGCUUUGCUGACCAUGGCUGCAUGCUGCAGGUACGAGAUGUGAAGUUCUUUCCCGAUGGGCGCUCUGUGGUCGACACUAUCGGCAUAUCACGGUUUAAGGUUCUCAGCCACGGCCAAAGAGACGGCUACCACACCGCAAAGAUAGAGUACCUGGAGGACAAGAAGGUUAAUGGGGAGGAGCUGACAGACCUGCUGAAGCUGCACGACUCUGUUUACGAGCAGGCCAGUAACUGGUUCACCUCACUGAAAGACAACAUGAAGAGUCAGAUCCUCAGCCACUUUGGACAUCUACCCAGCAAGGACUUAGACCCACAGGCCAGUCCCAGCGGUCCCGCCUGGUGCUGGUGGCUGCUGGCCGUCCUGCCGCUGGAGAACAGAGCCCAGCUCACCAUCUUAGCCAUGACGUCGUUCAAAGACCGCCUCAUUGCAAUCCGACGGGUCCUCAUCUUCGUUACUCGCAAGAGGCCGCGGUGAUCCAGCAUCUACCCUGGUGGAAUUAGGGGUGGGGGGGAGGUGCUGGGGCAUUUUUAUGCAUUUCAGAAAUGUAUGGUUUCCUUCUUUCACUGUAGUACCAAUAGGCACUAAUUAAUGCUGGCGUGUUGGCGUUGUUUCACUCCUUUGCUCCGGUGUCUCUCACAUUGUGAUAUGUAGCCUUCUUUGGGAUGUUUCUGUUGGUGGCGGUCGGGAAGGAGGACAUUCCUGCCGCCUCCACAGCCCAACAGUUUUCAGUCAAAGUUCACGUCUUUGUUUCCGGCUGAGUUAAGGCGAGGACAGUUCACACUUUUGGGAGAUUUACCUCCCUUUAUAUUGAAGGAAUGGGCGCUUUCUCACAACAAACCAACUCAUUUAUUGAAAAAUACACAAGUGAAUGUACCGAUCUGUAUGUGGAUUUAUUCCCACCCUCGCCCCGUCCUGCCUUACCACACUUACAGAAACAGUUUUGGAGCAUCAGAAUGGAUCCUGCACCAGCAACCCUCACCUCCCUCGGUUAGAGAAAUACCUCAGACUUUUCUGUGAGGAAGCACAGAGAGUCCCGGCCAUCACCGCGUCCGAGCAAACGUUCUCCACUACAAACCACAGACUCCCCAUCGGAAGAACAAGCGCAUCUCCUGGAGAACUUGCUGAGAGAAGAUCAAAGAAAGCGUUGAGAUUCUGAGCAGGAAGACGCACAACUUAAACUCGGAAGGAAUAUGCAGACAGAAAAGCCUCUUCCUUCCUUCUGCUGACCUGGAACUCUCGAUUGUAGCAUAUCUUUAUAAUGAAUACGGCUGUAGUGGUAGAAGUGUGUAUAUUUCUAUGUUUGUCUCUCUGCUUUACCAUAAUCUGUACCAUUAAAUCUCCAUUUGACUUA